AUGAUCGCUUUAACUGUGGAGCAUGACGGUCCCCCUAACCUCUUCCCUUUACCCCUUUUCAUCAUCCCGAGAGGACCCCGGACCAGACACCGAACAAUGCCGCAACCACUAGAGAUCGCAGUGGAUCCUGACGUCUACCUCCGACCAAACUAUAGCGAUGAUUGGCAUUCGGAGACCACGUCUAUCGGUUCCUCAAUCUAUCAUGGCCUAAUGGAAAAUGGCAGACGGUAUCAAACUCUGAGCGACAGAGAAUAUCUGGUUCCGUCCGAUGACCUAGCAUUCGAGUCCUAUGAAGCCGGUCACUUGCUCGCGCUCGUAUUAGAUUCGGAGCGAGAGAACCCGCUUUUCAGAGCGCCUAUCGAGAAGGACCCCAAACAUAUCCUGGAUAUCGGAACGGGUAAGGGUAACUGGGCUAUUGAUGUUGCCGACAUGUUCCCAUCUACGACUGUGCGAGGAGUAGACCUCUUCCCACCCCCAAUUACAUGGAUGCCGCCGAACUGCAUCCUAGAAGUCGACAACAUCCUAGAAGAAUGGACCUGGAGAGAUCCCCUCGACCUAAUCCACAUGCGGAUCAUGACCGGCUCAUUCGAUCACGCGGGAUGGGAUCACGUCUACGCAAGCUCCUACAGAAAUCUACGACCAGGAGGCUGGAUCGAACAACUCGAAGGCAGUACAUGCAUCGACUGCAUCGACGACAGCCUGCCGGCAGAUAGCAUCCUGCGAACCUGGGGCCCGACCAUGAACGCGUGCGGCGAGCGCGCCGGACUCGCGAUGGAUGUUCUCGAUGCCAUGAGCGACAGAAUGGAAAAGGCCGGGUUUGUGGAUUUGCAGGAGAAGUCGUACAAGUGGCCGAUCGGCCCGUGGGCUCGCGAGCAGAAAUAUAAAGAGGCCGGCGUUGUUAAUUUCCAGCAUUGGCUUUCUGGUAUGGAGGGGUGGUGUAUGUGGCUGCUUACCCAUUUCGGUGCGCCGCAUCCUUGGUCGAAGGAUGAGGUUACGGUUUUUUUGGCGAAGGUUCGUUCGGAACUUAAGAAUCCGAAAUAUCAUAUUUACCAGAGAGCACGACGUGUGUGGGCGCGCAAGCCUUUUCCUGGAGAGCUUACGCCUGAGACGACUCCGAUCAAAAGCGAGGAAGAGUGA